AUGACCAGAGCGGCCCCCAAGAUGGCGGUUUGUGUCUCAGUGAUCGCCAAACAGAAUUACCCGUUGUACAUUAAGACUGUUCCGAUGGAGAAGCAGUUGAAGUUUCACUACACGGUUCACACGUCACUGGAUGUGGUGGAGGAGAAGAUUUCGGCGGUGGGGAAAGCGCUGGUGGAUCAGAGAGAGCUGUACCUGGGAUUGCUGUACCCCACCGAGGAUUACAAGGUGUAUGGCUAUGUAACCAACACUAAAGUCAAGUUUAUCAUCGUGGUGGAUUCCUCCAACAUUGCACUGAGGGACAACGAGAUCCGCAGUAUGUUCCGAAAGCUGCACAAUUCCUACACCGAUAUCAUGUGCAAUCCCUUCUACACCCCAGGGGAGCCCAUCCAGUCCACGGUAUUUGACAAUCUUGUCUCUGGGAUGAUGGUGCAAGUCUGUUGAUUUUGGCCAUGCUGCUGAUAGUUCCAGGUCAUGUCUAAAGCUCUUAUAUUUGCUGGACUUGGGGACAAACCAUGGCCAUCGCACGCUCUCCAGCAGUGGCCUCUCUCUGCUGCUGUUGUUGUGAACCUCAAAUCUCUGAUUUUAUAGACUUGUUUCUUGUAACAGAUGAAUUGACUUUAGUCCAUGUGUUAAUUGAAGGCCUGAGCACAUGUUACUGCUCAGGGUUUAUUGCCUACUUUCGGGUUAGUUUGAGGAAGCUCUUGUGCCUUUUUUCAGUCUGAUCACCUGGUCUGGGAUCAGGGUUCAAGUUGGCUUUGGGGUUUGAGUGUACUCUUAUUUGCCACAGUCACCAGUCUUGUUAAUCAGACUGUAGUCAAUGGGGAAGUGGUGUGUAAACACAACAGAGGGCGGAGAGAAGGGGCUAUAAAGGGUGGAAUUUUUUAUUAAAUGUAAUAGAUGCCAUUCUGCCUCUGGUGAGGAGGAUACAGCUCUCAGAUCAUUUUCCUGGUUUAACUUUAUUAAUCUUGAAAUGCAAUGAAAAUGCCACUUAUUUCAGUUGAUUUUUUUAUUGUCCUGUUCAUUGAUCCUCAAGUUCCACUUCUGUGUUUGUGAAAAUCGCUUUAGAGAUAAAUCCAAUCAAGGUUUUAGGCUCAUUAUGUGCCACUACACAAGGCUCUUUUCAGGCUGUGCUGAGCUUGUGUGUGCACACGGCUGUAGUGGGUGCCUGGAGCAGGGACCUUGUAAUUUGUAAUGUACGUGAUUUAGACUGUUGUAUAUCUUGUCCUCAAUGGAUGUAACUAAAUAAAGCUGUUGGGUCUCC